AUGAACUUUAAAACGGUUCAACAUCUGAUAAACGAACACAUGAGCUCCACUAAAAUCAUUGGUAUAACUUUUACUGACACUCAAGUCAGUCUAUCUCAUUUUGGUCAGAAUACCGUUGACGUAUCUUGUUUUUCCCAUUCCGUAAGUUCAAAGCCUUUUUGUUUUUACUAUAAUGGUAGUAAAUUAACCUUUUUUGAAGAUGCCAAAACGAAAGAGGGGUGUAUUAACUAUCUUUGUGAAUUAGACGCUUUGGAACAGAAAAUCAACAGAAACUUCGAUUUACAAAAUUUAGUCCAAGACAUCUACGGGGUCUGGGCCCUUUUGAUCUCAAAACUCAAACUUCUUAUAACGGACGUUUUUGCGUGUCCUCUUCGCUAUGUUGUAUGUCUCCCGACGGGUAGUGACUGUCGUCUAGAAAGUGUAGUAAAGACUUCAUUUAGCACGAAUGAAAUGGAGGUGAUCAAAAUAGUUCAUGCGAAUUCAGUCAUUGGUCUUCAAUUUGCGCGAACGGUACUUUUGCGACAAAAUGUCGAGCCGAAAGUAGUCGCGUGUGUUGUGACGGAUGACUUUUGCACGACGGUGACGGUGUUCAUGUGCGACACGUUUAAUGUGAUUGAGUUGUACUCGAGUCGCCUGAAUGUUGGUCAAAAUGUCUUUGCGGCACUUCUGGCGACUUUUCUGUUUCAUCAAGAAGUGAAGAAAGAUCGCGACACGUGGAGUCAAUUUCUAAUUAAUAAUGAAAAUCCCUUAUAUUCCUGUAUCUCAGCGUUUUAUGAAGAGAAGUUAGACUCUGUGUAUUUCAAGUCGUAUGAGGAGGAGUGUAUUAAAGUCGAACGCAAUGAUAUAGCAGACCUUUUCAAUAGUGAAGUCGUCAAAAUAUUUCAAUUCUGUGAUAAUGUCAUUCAAAAGGCAUUAGAAAUGCUACAAAAUUUGAAUUUAACAUCAGACGACGCACUCUCACAAUUCAGAAAUGCAGCGCUCGACGGAGUUAAAGUCGAGUUUGCAGGAGCACAUCAAAAUUGGUUUGUAACAGACCAAUUUGCUGGGAGGUAUACAAUAGUCGCCGGCGUCACCGCGAAAAAUGUGAUAUCGGAAGGCGUCGGCUUUUAUGUUCGGAAAAUGGAGUUCAAAACGUUACCAAAGAAAGAAGAACUUCUUCUUCAAGACUUCAAUGCAAAUGUCAGUGUGCAACAAGUCGUUUUGAAGAAUCAAUUUUACAUUGAAAGUUGUCAACGAAGACAGCAAGUCGAAUUACUUAAUAGUACUUUAAUAGUACCAGAAAACUAUAUAAUUACUAUAACAAGUGACUUGCUGUGUUCCUUUGGAAAGUCUCAGAUGAAGGAACGUGUCACUUUCUAUGACGAAGAAGGGAAGGAAACAGUGAAGGACGUGACACUUUGUACUUUUGACUUAACACAAUUUCAAACCCAUCGAAGUAAUGUUUUUGAAUUUGACAUUUCAAAGGUCUUGGGGGUAUGUGGGAGGACAGAGUGUUACACAGAGAUGUACGACGAGAGUGGAAAAUAUUUGUGGAUGGACGCAAUACGAGGAGACGAUUUUGGGCCUAAUAAAUAUGAGUGUGAGCCAAUUAUAAAAGGCGUCUGUGAUACUAUAGAAGAUGUAUAUAACGGAAUUGUUCAUGUAAGGAUGGAGGAGGGAUUAAUAAGUGUACCAGAAAUAAGAGAUAACGAUGAAAAGAAGCGACAAACAUUGAAAGAAGUCAUUAAAAAAGGAGAAGAAACGGAACUUAAUGCAAGUCUAGUCUUAACUCUGAAAUCGCAAAUUCAAAAUAAAGAAAUCGAUGAAUUGACGAAAGGAAUGAGUGACGAAGAAAGAAGAUCACUUCGAAGAGAAGUUAAUAACAUCUUUUUGAAAAAUGUUAAGCUUCAAGAUAUUCAAAAUAAAUGGAACGAAUUGAAAAGGAAAUACUAA